UCCCAAACCCACCACACUUCAUGGUGUCAGAGCACAGGCGGGAGGCGAUGCUGGGUUCUGUAGGUCGCCGGCGGUGAAUCGGCAGCGUGGGGCGGAGCUCCGGGCACCCAGGGUGGUUGUUGGCGCGCGUGUGUUGCGCGGGGCACUGGAGGCGGGACCGGCGGCGGUAGAGGCGCGCCUGGAGAGGGCCGGCGGGCGCGGCUGCGUGCGAGCGCGCGGGCUGCCUGCGGAGCGCCUGGAGGGGAUUGGAGGCUACAGGCGGCACUGCUCUCUCACAUGAAGAGGUGCGCGCGCGCGAAGUGCUCCUGGUGCUGCGGGUGCUACUGUGUGUGGCAGAGGGCAGAGGAAGGAGGCGGCUGCGCCAGGGGAGAGGCCAAGUACUGGCUGGUUUGCUGCUUGUGCGGCUGGCUUGCUGCUGCUGGAGAAAGACUGAGAACAGUCUGCAGUUGCUGCUGCUUGCUGUUGGUGCGGCAGAGGGUGCUCUUUGCACUGCUGCUGCUUGUGGCUGCUGUGUGCUAGAACUGCUGUUGUUUGCAGAGGAGAAGGAGGAAGAUGCUGUUGUUGCUGCUUGCAAGUGCUGCUGCUGACUCUGUUGCUGCUGGUGGUGUACUACAGUGGAGUUAGCAGAGAAGAGGAGGUAAGAGCUCCUGGAUUGAUUUGGUGCUGCUGUGUGAGGGGCUGCUAGAUAGCGUACUGAGGAAGAAGGAAAGUUCUUGCCUGCUGUGAUUGAGGCAAGACAUGGGAGAAAAUCAGGGACUCGAGAAGGCAAUUGAAAAAUUGGCUGAGCUCCUAACAGCCAAGGUAGGAGCUGCAGCAUCUCUAAAUAAUGCAAUUGUUCCUCACAUUGAGCCAAUUCAGAAAAUUGACUUGAUGCCAAAUGAAAUUAAGCUGGAAGGUGUUAAGAAUUAUUUGAGCUGGUCAAGAAGGGCGCUACUCAUCUUGAGGACUAAAGGGCUUGAGGGCUUUGUCAGUGGUGAGGCAGAGGAGCCAGGAGACAAGAAAACUUCAGAAUGGAGGACAUGGAGCAGUACCAACUCUUUGAUAGUGGCAUGGUUGUUGAACUCCUUGUCUCCAACCAUAACUGCAACUGUUGAGACUAUCUCAACUGCUACUGAGGUAUGGAAAACCCUCUCAAAACUGUACUCAGGUGAAGGGAAUGUGAUGUUAAUAGCUGAAACAGAGGAGAGAGUUGGUGAACUCAUACAAGGGGAAAAUUCUGUGAUGGAGUAUGUUGCUGAACUGCAGCGUUUGUGGGCUGAUUUAGAUCACUAUGAUCCUCUGGAUUUGCCACAUGCAGAUUGCAUAGCAGCUGCUAGAAAAUGGAUUGAACGCAGACGAGUGAUGCAGUUUCUCAAAGGAUUGAACUCUGAAUUUGAGGCGAGACGUGCUACUUUAUUUCAUCAACCUACUCUACCUGCCUUAGAGGAUGCCAUAGCAGCAAUGGCACAGGAGGAGGUCCGAUUAAAGUUGAUGAAGAACAAUACAACGACUCCAUCUCAUCCAGCCUUCAUAGCAAUCGACUAUAAGAGCAGAGAAUGCUUCAACUGCGGUGAGAAGGGUCAUUUGAUUCGUUCUUGCACGGCUCCACGUAGGAACAUGCGUGGAAGGGGGAGAGGAUAUAACCGAGGUGGAUUAAGGGGAGGCCGAGGCCAGGGAUACUCUGGUGGUCAAAGGGCAAAUGUGGCAGUCUCAGAAGAAGGAUCCUCACUCGCAACCCAAGAAGAAUCAAAGAAAAGAACAGAAAGCACAGGUGAUAAGGAUCAUGAGGAUUGUAGUUACGGCAACUUUGCUCACUUUGUAUCUACAGAUGAAGGUAAUUGUGCUCAUGCAUCUAUUCUCUCACAAAGAUCACAUCCUGAUUGGAUAUUAGAUUCGGGGGCAUCAAAGCAUGUUGCCGGCACAUCAAUGGAAUUUGAGUCAUAUAUUCCAUAUCCACCCACAUGAGAGGCAAACGGGGAAGAGGCUUGGGACUGGAACCAGGCGUAAUGGGCUAUGGUACAUGGAUCGCGAGGUGCCAAAUAAUGCGGUGUCUACGAUGUUAGCAACAAUGAUGGGAGAAAAGGAAACAAAGGUAAUGCUUCACCAUUGUAGAAUGGGACAUAUGUCUUUUGAGAAGAUGAGUAAAGUCUUUCCCGAUGUAAUGUGUGGGGUGGAUAAGAACAAGCUUGUGUGUGAUGCAUGUGAGUUUGCUAAACACACAAGGACAUCUUAUGUGAGUAAGGGUCUUAGGAGUAUUUCCCCUUUUAUGCUUGUUCACUCAGAUGUGUGGACAUGUCCUGUUAUCUCUCUAAGUGGAAUGAAGUACUUUGUUACAUUCA